UGUGGACUGUGAGGACAGCAUUGUGUGGACUGUGAGGACAGCAUUGUGUGGACUGUGAGGACAGCAUUAUGUUGACUCUGAGGGCAGCAUUGUGUGGACUCUGAGGACAGCAUCAAUUGGGAGUUGAGCGGUUCCACCGUGGCCCAUAAAGACAUUCUGUCAGGCUGUUACAGUGUAUAUGAGAAUGCUCAUUAAACAUUGAAGGAAAACAGGCACAAAAAAGCGAGAUGAGUUCUGAGUACCGGCCUCCACCUGCCUCCUCCUCCAUACGCCCCCACAGGUGCGAGGUUUGCCAGCGCUCCUUCAGAGAAAUUGCCACACUGCGUAAACAUGAGCAGCUGCACCGCGCAGACCGUCCUUACAUCUGCACCACCUGUGGAAAAUCCUUCCUCUGGUCCUCCAACCUCAAGGUUCACGAGCGCGUACACACUGGAGAGCGGCCGUAUAAAUGCAAGAUCUGCCACAGAUGCUUCACCCAGUCCAACGACUUGCGGCGACAUGAACGCAACGUGCACAUGCGCUCCCUGUCCAAAAUCUACAAGCAGCCAGCGGCUCGCACUCAGAGCACUGGCCAGGUGAGUCUGACCCCGUAUCAGCAGGCGUUAAUGACGAUGCGACAGACAGCUCUGCUACACACCAUGGUCUACGACCCUAUGAUGGCGUACGGCGUCAACGUCACGUCAUCUUGCCUACCUCAGACACCGUCUUCUGUUGUCACUAGCCCGACGACAACUGUGGCUGAUAUCACUCCUCCUGCACCUAAGAGCUCCAUGACUCCAGACAUCUUGAAGACUGAGCAGAUCACACCACCAUCCACCCCAGCCCUGCGGAGCCCCAGUCAUCUCUCAGAGUCUGUGGAGUCUGUUGGCAGAAGCCUCGUGCCCCUCCCAAUGCCGUCAGUGAUCCAGAACCCGAUAUCUCGCACGCCCACCUCGGCUGCUCAGACAAACAGUCUUCCUGCGAUCGCCACAAUGUUAACCCCUUCCCCGCUGAACAGCUCAGGACAGCAGAGUCGCACCCCUACGUCCCCACCCCUCCUUUCUCCUCAGACCUACCUACCUCCCGCACACAGGAGCAGUCAAAGGCCGUUUUUUGAUGACUGCAAUGCUGCUGAAAAUGGAGUCGACUUGCGAGUGCAGAAGGUCAUCUCCAUGGAGAACACCACACCUGAUGGAACAAGUGGGAUGGAAUCAGAAAGUGAUGAGAAAUCGGAGGAAUCUGGCAAGGGAGAAAACUCUUCUCAUCCUUCAACCCCAAGCGACGUCCGCAGAAGGUCGCCCCAGAGUGACACAGAAGGGGAUGAGAAAAGGGACGUUACAACAACAACGGCAUCCCCAUCCCGGGACUAUGGCUUUUACCACUGCAACCAUUGCGACAUUUUCUUCAGGGAUUUCACCAUGUUUCAUCUUCAUCAAAGCCUUCACUCUCCCGACGCAGCUAACCCGUUCUACUGCCCCUCAUGCGAGAAGCACUGCCAGGAUAAAGUUGAGUUCACAUUCCACCUGGUGUGGCACGUACGUUAUCCUCACACCAUCCCAAACUACCAGCCCUAUCAACCCUACCUCAUGUGCCAAAGUUGAUCCCGCUGCUGACACCAGGCUGGAAUACCUCUCUCUACUGCUGAUUGGUUGCUUCCACUCACAAACAGUUUUGAUCGGCUGAAAUUCACGCUGAUUCAGCUGAAGAGAGAUAGUCUCUCUUUAGCCAAGGUCGCAGCUGCUAAAAUAAAAGAAAAUUUUCAUUGGUUAAGUUUGAAGCAAGCUAUUGCUGAUUGUUAAAGAGAAGAAUUUCUAUUGGCUGAGAUUCAGAUAAAAUACGGUGACAUAAAGAGACGAACAUUAUGAUUGGAAGACACUUAAUGGUUAUGUAAACAUGAGGUUAGCUGAAGGAAGACUCUUGAGAGAAGAGGAUUGGUUUGGCAAAUUGAGCUAAAAUUCUUGUGCCAUUUGCAGACUUUUUGUCAAUGCAUUUAUUCUGAUUUGUACUGUUUAAAACUGUUACUUAGCAACACUAGCAAAAAUGAAAAGUGCUACUUUGUUUUGAAAAUGAUGAAAGAUUGGUACAUGUAUGAUAUGCCCCAAGCUGAGAACAGCAACGUUGUGUAAAAAAAAAAAAAAAUAUGUGAAUGUUUUGAAAUUGCUGCCAUGCUUAAUUUGACGCUUUUACUGCCAUGAACAUGUGGAUGACUGCCACAUAUUCUGUUGUGUUAUCUUUUGUUUUGCAUUUAAUUUGUUUUCUCACUUUUUUGUUGUUGUUCUUUUUUGGCUCUUUGUACAUGAACAUGUAGCCUUUUAACAGGGUUUUUUAUUUUUAAAAGAUCUACUACAAGUUGAGUCAAACAUUCAUUAUGCACAUAUGUUAAUCACCUUAUCAUGCAGAUGUACAUUUACUUGUUUACAAAAUAAUCAUCACAGUGUGUGGGGGUCUUUUUUGCAUUUGUAGAAUGUACAUAUAGCAUUUUUCAUGUAGAGUAGUCUUGUAAUUUUAGUUAGUUUUUUGUCUGUUUACAGUUUUUGUAGAUUUCUCAUAAUAAUUGCCGACAGUUAGUAGUAUUGUUAUGUUUUUUUUUCUUUUAUACAUCCAUUUUGUGUCAGUAAUUUUCAUAGUACAAGUUCAUAGGUUUGAAAUAUCAUUGUUCUGGUAUCAGGUCAUUAACAGGUAUUUUGGGAUGAAAUCACUCACUCAGAGCAAAGCCUGUAUGGGAAUUAGAAGGUUUUGGGAGUUGAAUAUCACCUUAUUUUCAGUGAAAUUUGACUGAUAGUGCUCACCUUUUUUCAUGGCAUUGAAGAAUUUUGCCAAAUGCCUUGUACAUGUAAUUUGAAUGAAGGGCCUUUGAUGUAGAUUGUGUAAAGUAUCUCCAUGGUACUGUAACAGAUUUGUGAUGCUUCAGUACUGGGGUUACACUGUAAUGUUCAGUUUGUACCACUAAGGUCAAGGAUAUUGACUGAAAGGCUGUUGUCAGGUCAAGGUUACUGAUGAAAACUUUCCAGUGUCAAGGUUACACUUUUCCCUGUUAAAUGUAGGAUACUCAAGGUCAGGUCAAAAUGGGUGACAUGUCAGUGAUUUCCAUCCGGUUGUUCAAAUGCGAUUCCAGUUUUUCGCUGCAUUAUUGAGAGCCCCUCAGCUCGGUGAGUAAUAAAGUCAUGAAUGACAAUUUGUGACCUCAGUCAAGACGGUAUAUAUAUUUAUUUACCAUUUCAAUGUUGUUGCAUGUUCACGUUUUGGACCCUAGUAUGAUCUAACGCGUAAGUGAUUCCAGACACAAGUUCUGCUGAAACUGUCGUUUAAAAACCGGUGUUUUUAUAUGCUAAAGGUGUUCACAAAUUCAAAAAAAAAAAAUUAAUGUUAUUAUCAUCAAACCAGUGCUGUAAUAAAUUUAUAAUGUUUUAAUAUUGUUAAAUUCAAACCCAAGAUGCUUUGAUUAUGUAUGGUAAUUGUUAUCAAACUAAUGUUUCAGGAAUUUGUUUCAUUGUCUUAUUCCCCAGGGAGGGAAAAACAUUGUGAGAACAUGCUGUUAUAAUCAUUUUCUCAAAUCUUGACAUUAAUAAUGAGUGUAGAAUUCAUUUCUCUAAUUGGGCAGGUUUUUGCUAAUUUCACUGUCAUGUACAAGAUUUCAUUUUUUGAGGGAUUUGAUUUUUUCAAACAGUAAAUGGUUGAAAACAGUGUCCUAUGUGCUGUUUAUAGGAUAUCAAGCUAAUGUUUAAUCCGGUGAUUUUCCACUGCUCUACUUUAUGUCUGAACACCACAGCAUUUUAGAUUCUCAGUGUUGAAGAAAAAUGAGCUUUGAUAACUCUACAUGUUGUUUACACUGUACAUGUUCAUAGACUCUUUGUUUCAUCAUUACCUACAAAAUCAGGGAUUCUGAUUCAUCAAAAAAUGCUUGUUUUUUAUUAAUUUUUUUGUCCAUCUUGAUCAACAACAAGUUGUUACGCGUAGAAUUAUGUGCAAACUAGAAUGUGAAUGAUGGUCGAGAUUCAGUUAUGUAGAAACUCUUAUUCUAGACUCAUGGCAAGCAUUGGAUGGACAAACUAAAGAUGCUGCUUUAACCUUACAUAAUACUUUGUAAACAAUAAGAUGUAAGCAAUGUUCCCAUUGGCUGAUUAAGCAACAUUCUGAUGGGAUGAUGAUAGGCAGCUUUCAUGUGGGAUGAUUAAGCAACGUUUUGAUUGGAUAAUGAAGCAACAUUUUGAUUGGAUGAUUAAACAACAUCCUGAUUGGAUGAUUAAGCAUUGAAUUAAGUAAGGCUGGAUUCUCAGGCCUUAUGUUCAGAACAACAGCAAAGGAUUUCCUUAUUCUUUUACUCUUAGAAAUCCAUAACACACAUUUUAGUUUUUCUCUUCCAUUCAUAGUGAUUUACUUAGUAUGUGAAAAUCAUCUUAUUUAAUCAUUUUUUGUUGUAAACAUUAUUCUAUAACCAGUAUCAACUUUGCUGACAACCAUAAUCACAAAUUUUGUACAUUUUAAAAAUCCAAAGAGAAGAAAGUCCAGAAGACAUUGCCACAGUCUACUGCCGCCGCCAAUACCUCUAGUCUUACAUGUCAUCAUUUCUUUGUCAUCAUCAUACAGAGUUGUUCAUUCUUGUUUCACCACUGUACAGUUUUUGAAGAAUUUUUUGUUUUGACUGAACAAAGGUUGCAAAGAGUGUUUUACAAGUGCAUUUACAUUUUAGACAAGAGUUCUUGUAACUCGUGGUUAGUUACUGGUUUGAAUCACAACUCUACAAUUCAGCAAAUUUAGAAUUACGUUUGUUUGCAUUUUUAUUUCAUUUGCAACUUUCACAUUGACACUUAUUCAUUUUAGAAGUUACAAUUUGCAAUAGUUGCAUCGAAAAACUUUCGUGGCACAUAACGUAUCCCUACAGUUGCAUGUUUAAGUCAACUAUUGUUCUGUUAAAAUAUUUGGCAAUCAUUCCAUUUUACAUCAUUACUAAAAAUCACAAUUUGUUUAUCAAAACUCCAUUUUGAAAAGAUAAAUUUCAUCUUCUGCUCACUUUAAUUGAACAAAAGGAAUUUUUUCACAAGUGUUUUUUUUUGGGGUUUUUUUUUCAGAGCUACUGAUUAUUUGAGGAUAGCAUUGAUAAAGCGCUAUAUAUAAAAUACAUAUUUUUUUCCUCCUCCAGAAAGAAAUAGGGUGACCGGAUACUGUUGUUUGUUUGAUACAGGAAGUUUCUAUUGAGUGUAGUGUUUGUUUUGUACUGUAUGCAGUGCAGGGUCAGGCAGGUGUGGUGUUCGCUGACAGACGCGCGGGAAAGUUAAGAGCUUCACCUGUCCUAUGCUAAUGUACCUCCCCUUGCAUGUACAGGUAGAUAAGUGAACCGCUGUAACUGCCUCAUAUGUUACUGUCUGAUAAGUGAAACCGCUGUAGCUGCUCAUAUGUUACUGUCUGAUACAGAAGUAAAACAGUUUAACAUAAAUGAUG